ACAUAUGAGCGUCCACACUAGAUAACGACCGGAGCUCAGGCAGAAGAAGCCCAAAAGGAAUAAUCCAGCGAGCGGCGCGUGGAGCAACCUCUGUUCCUCGCGCCGGAGCGGGGGGCUCGCGGUGGCAAUGGAUCACAUCGGGCUGCUGGGAGCGCAUCUUCAGCACCACGCGCACUUGGAGCCAAUCAGCUUCGGUAUUGAUCAGAUCCUCAGUAACGUGGAGCAGAGCUGCAUGCUUGGCGUGAGGAUGCACGAGCCGGAGUACGGACAAGCGGCCUAUAACAGCAGCGGGAGCAGCGGCGGCUUCACGUGCGGUAACAGCGGAUAUAAUGGCGCCGCCAGCUCAUGCGGAAUGGCUUCCCUCGGCGGGGCUUAUCACAUGAACAUGGGCGUGAAUGCCAAUGGGACUAACGUGAACGCCGCUGGGGUCAUCCGUGUCCCCGCACACCGGCCUCUGAGCUGCGGAAACCCGUCCGUGCCGCCGGUGAGUGGGACCAUCAACAACCUGACGGCGUUGACGUUCCCCUGGAUGGAGAGCAACCGACGCUACACCAAAGACAGGUUCACAGUGUCCCUCUCACCCCUCACUGUAACACGUCGUGUAGGUCAUCCCUACCAGAACCGGACGCCUCCUAAGAAGAAGAAGCCUCGGACGUCCUUCACCCGGCUGCAGAUAUGUGAGCUUGAGAAACGCUUCCACCGGCAGAAGUACCUGGCGUCUGCCGAGCGGGCCGCCCUCGCCAAGGCCCUAAAGAUGACAGACGCGCAGGUCAAAACCUGGUUCCAAAACAGACGCACCAAAUGGAGGCGACAGACGGCGGAGGAGCGGGAGGCGGAGCGGCAGCAGGCCAAUCGGAUCCUCAUGCAGCUGCAACAGGAGGCCUUCCAGAACACCAUCAACCAGCCGGUCACCCCGGACCCACUGUGCCUGCAGAACAGCUCUUUGUUCGCCCUGCAGAACCUGCAGCCCUGGACCGAAAACACUGCUAAGAUCAGCUGCGUGUCGUCAUGCGAAUAGAGUCAACACACGGGCAGAGACAUGGACUGUAGCCCGCUGAAGAGCGACGUGUAGACGAGGCCGGAACAGCACACUGUUUAAUGAAGAACGUCUCCUUCCACAGACGCUCGGCUACAUCUAACAACAAACAUGUUCCCAUGCGGUCCCUCAGCACCGCUCCUAUAGUGGGGGUCAACAUCUGUAUCCGUCGGAGGUCUGGACUGAAUCCCUGCUACAGCCCUGCAGGGAGCAGACGCUGGUGCUGGAAAUAUUCAGGGCCAUAACGAUGCACCAUGAGCGCAAGAGGAGCAGGAUUUGUUGUACUGUUUGAGUUUACGCAUGAGGACUCCAUGUUUCAUAAACAGCACAUUUUCGUAUUUGAUGUCUGACAGAAGGAUGUGGUGUGUGAUGUGCGAUCAUCUCUGUCACCAAUGUCUGUCCGUGUUUAUCUGCCAUGUUAAUGGACUUUUUACUCAACUGCAAAACAGAGCACUUGUUUUAGCACCUUUAUAUGAGUUGAAACAUAAUCUGACACAUUGCCUGACACAAUGAAAUGACUCUAUGUGAUGAUUAGCAGCACCAUAUGGAUAGGAUAGGAUAUGUGUUCAACGGUGUUAGAAUGUUGGGCCGUCAAACAUCGGCUUAAGGGCAAAAUAAUAUAUGCUGGCACUUUGUGGCUACAUUUAACAACGGCCACAUUUGACCAAGGUUUAUCACGUUUCACGUUUACCUUUCCGUGGACUCUUAUUUUUGUAUAAAGACUUUACAAACUGUAUUUUCCUAUUUCUUUCUCACCACGUUGCUGUGUUGUGUUAAUAAGCAGAGCAUCUCAGACAAGAACAACCUGACCAAUCACAAAGAGUAGUCAUGAGGCCAGUUAUUAUCUUUUUAUCCUUAUCUGCCUUUGCAUUGUAUUCGUGAGUGUGUGUGUGUGUGUUAAAUCAUUUGGACACUGAAAUUCAUUUUGCUCUCUGCAGCUUUGAUAGUGCAGGUAAAUACACAAUCUAUUUUGAAUGAAUAUUCUACAUAUGUCAUCCAUAUAUGACUAUUUGUUAGGUGGAAAUACAUGUUUUACUCUUUGACAUAUGUGCAUUUUUAUGCCACACUGUGUGUCACUAAGGGUAAACUUAGCAAACAGUUAUUAAAGAAAUGUCAGUCCAG